AUGCAGGCUUGUGGUGGAGCUGCAGUGAUGGGUUCUAUUCAACAGCCCACUUGGACCAAAGGAACAACUUUUCCAAACAAGGGGCUUAGCUUUGGUGGAUAUUCACAUCAAUUAAAACUCAAUUACGUGAAGACCCGUAGAUCUUAUUCUUACAUUGAAGGAAGCUUGGUUGCUGGAAGGCCAUCCUCUUCUGUCUCUGUGCCUUUGCCCGAAAUUGGAGGCGAUGGAAGCAGUUUUAUAGAUAAUGGGUUAAGUGAGGCUGACCCUGAGGUGCGUGGUAUUAUUGAAAAGGAGAAGGAGCGACAGUUCAAGAGCCUUGAGCUUAUUGCCUCAGAAAAUUUUACAUAUCGGGCAGUGAUGGAGGCAGUUGGCUCAUGUCUCACAAACAAGUAUUCGGAAGGAUUACCAGGUAAAAGGUACUAUGGUGGCAAUGAACACAUUGAUGAGCUUGAAACACUAUGCCAAAAAAGGGCACUUGAUGCAUUUCACUUAGAUGGAAAGAAGUGGGGUGUGAAUGUUCAACCAUUAUCUGGUUCUCCUGCAAAUUUUGAGGUUUAUACUGCAGUUCUUAAACCUCAUGACCGUCUCAUGGGUUUGGACUUGUCUCACGGGGGACAUUUGUCUCAUGGUUUCAUGACUCCUAAAAGACGGAUGUAA